AUGGAACGGCCUGUAGGCUCUCGGCUGAGCACCAACCGGUGGCUGGACGCGGUCUGGGAGCCGAGUGCAAACAUGCAUGUUCUUCCUGGUGGCCUCGACAUGCUGGACGUGUCUGGUGAUAACGAAGCUAGGCUAAUAGUAACUGAUCUAGGAUCAGAAGCAACGGAUUCUGCAAAAAUUAGAGUAUAUAAGGGGGCUGAUCAAGUCACCGAGCAUAACAUGAUAGAGCCUCCAUGCGGAGUCGUUGGGUUUUAUUCCGAAAACGCAGAGCCGAGGUCAACGGCGGUUGCUGUGGGGGCUGGAUCCAGUGUAUAUAUUUAUAAAAAUAUGAGACCCCACUUUAAAUAUUGCCUGCCGUACCUAGAUGCUCAUCCCAAAGAAAGAGAGAUAUGGCAUAGAGCGGGUUUGGACUUGGAUUUAAAUGUUCUCUCCCUUCGUGACGACCUAGAGCUCCUCUUCAAAGAACUAGGAGCAGCAUUCAUCUCCCCUCGAACCAUAAAAUUCUUGUCAAUGGAUGAGAAUCUCCGAGUUGAAUUUGCCGAGCAAUACCGUCGCCUCCCUCUCAUCCGCAUGAAUGCUGUCUCAACCAUCGGUUUAAUUCGCAAAGACUCGUGGAAUGAGCCAGCCAGUAGUUGCAUAAUAGUGGGUACUGAGUCUGGAGAAAUACUAAUAUUGCAUCCCAGGUCAUUUUCACUGGUGGACAAGCAUCACAUCGGUUGGGCACCAGUGGCGGUGACCAGUACCGGUCUCUGGUCCGGCGACGGUCGAAUAUUUGUGAUUUCCAGAGACGGAAGAAUAGGAGCGGUGCGGAAAGGAUGGGAUACAAUAAAUCUGUGGGAGAAAUUACCAGCCCCUGCCGUUGCCAUUUCCACUCUCACUUGUGAUGGUGCUGCAGUGGCUUUGAUGGACGGUACAUUGUGCGGAUUCUCGGGCAAUGGAGUUAAAUUAUGGAGGAUUCAGCUACCUGGACUGGUGCUAGAUCUUACGAGUCUUCCAGUUCCACAGACGGGACUUUCUUUAUUAGCCAUCAGUGUACCACGCUCUGGUGUUCUCAUUUAUGAUGGACAGCAUCACGUGGACACGAUUAAUAUGAUGGAACCCGUAUCAGCGAUGAAGUACGGUCGCAUGGGUCAGGAAGAACGUGCAAUGGCUAUGGUAACAAUUCCCGGGGGUUUAGCUGUCAAAAUAUUGAAGAGAACAGCAAAUUUCUCAGCGAGACCGGGCACAUCUCAUUCCAUUACCGAACUAGGCCAAAGUACAUUCGCAAUACCGAAGAAAACUCGUUUAUUCGUCGAGCAGACAAUCAGAGAAAGAGCAGAAGCGAAGAAAAUACAUAAUACAUUUCAGCAAGGAUUCCUGCGGUUGAGAUUGACGGUAGCGAAAAAAGCUCAACAGGAGUUAAAUUCUGGAAAGGAACCCAGCAUCAAUCCGAUUACUAUGGAAGCUAGUGUUCUUGGUUUAGGUCCAACUUAUGUCUUGCGUACUAUCGUGACAAAUUUAUCUGAAGAACCUUCAGAACCGUCACUUUUCCUCGUCUUCAGGGGAGUAGAGACUAUUAUAAAACCGAGAGUUGUAGAAUUACCAUUGCUACCAAGUGGAAUUCCAAUUCCUGUUGUGGUGAAAGCUACGCCUACAUCCGCGGUAGCUGAGAAGGUACAGAUAUUGUUGUGUAAGAAGGGAAAAAUUAAGCCAAUUGCUAGUGCCAGUCUUUUGUUGCCACUUGCAGAGCCAGACAUUGAAGUGUAA